AGGGAAAUAAAACCGUCAGCAGCCAGUCAGAGGUGUGGGAACAGGACGGAGCAGCGACAGAAACGACGCUCACACGUGGAGGAACAACCGGAGGUUCACUUUUAAGGGGAGACAUUUAAAUAAUCCGAAAUCAUAACGAGCAGUUGGCUGCUGUCUUAGGGGAAGGGGGGGCACAACCAUGCUCCUGGAAGAGCCAAAUAGGUGACUGCUCCAGGCACUGGGAAGAAGCGCUUUUAGUUAUCUUCUUGAUUAAGGAACUAAAACCGCCCGGAAAGUGGGCGCAAAGGGAGAGAAGGGUCAUGGAAAACCCCUGGAGGAGGAGGAGGACGCAGGCGGUGAGAUGGAAACUCUUGAGGAACUCGCUGCUGCUUUGUUUAUUCACCGGUGGCAGUAAAGCCCAGUGUGAUGGCUGUAUAGAGUAUUGCUGCGAUGGAUCGCCACCUUUCUGCUGCUCCUACUACGCCUAUGUGGGGGACGUCCUCUCGGGCACUGCCAUCUCCGGUAUAGUUUUCGGCGUGGUGUUUCUGAUGGGAGCGGUGGCGGCCUUGUUCCUGUGCGUGUGUAUGUGCAUGAAGAACGGGCGGGGCGCACGGGUCGGCGUGUUCAGCACCUCCUACAUCAACACUGUGACCCAGGGCUACCCAGGUCCUCCACCUCCAUACACUUAUGACUACGAGAUGUACCCUCCCUCGCUCCACCCCCCGCCUUACACCCCAACUCAGCCUCGGCCGGCCAACUACUCCCCCCCUCCUCCUUACCCUGGCUGCACCCGCAAGUGAAUCCCUGCAGCACGGAUCAUCUAUCGGCCAGCUCAAAGGGAACUCUCAUGGCCUGGUUUUCCAGACCUGGAGAUGGCUGUACAUCUCUGGCCUCUGAAGAAGUGCUGUUGCUAACGGGGUUAAAGACAAAUUAAGGGGCCCACAAAAAAAAAAACAAGGGUGGCCCAGUGCAAUAUUGUUCAGCAGACCAGAAUUCCUACACGCCUGCAGGGUGUAAAUGUCACUGCAGUCUGGACCUAAUGGUGGGGAAAUAAAUAAUUUAACACAAUGUUGUGUCAGGACGCCAAGGAACACCCCAACUGUCCACAUUCUGGUAGCCUUAACUGUUAGCAGCACUGCUAGCCUGCAGCUGGUACUUUUUCUCUCUAAUAACCAAUGUCUUUGUCCAUCCCCGGCUGUGCACAUCAAAGGCACAGUGUUGCUUUGAUGCAGGUGAAGAACCACUUUUGUCAGCAUGGAGGGGAACCUCACAUCACUGGAGGAGAAAAGUCUUUAAAGGACACAAUGUAGACUCUGCUCUAAUGGAAGGUUACACAUUUUCCCCCCAUUUAUUAAAAAAGAAAAAAGAAACUUGAUUUAUGUCAGUGACUGAGGUGGAAAUUGAUGAAUAAAGCUGUUUUAAACAAGUCAGGUCUGGACCUGUCACGUGUAGACACAAAGACUUGAAUCUAAUGCAUAAUAAUACUGACCUUAAUGGCAUGAACAACUUGAAAGGACGGGGUUGUUGGUAAUGAACUGGUUUUUAUUGCCUUACUUGAAACAAUGUGAGGGUGAAAACUGAAGUGGGGGUCACAUCACGUUCAGUUGAGCCAAAGUGGAUUCUCUUUGAAAUGGAAAAAUUUUAAUUCUUUUGCCUUUGCAAGACUUUUGUAAAAUUGUGAUGCCUUUAUCAUUUGAAUUGCAGUUGUAGGUUAAUUAAGGUUUGUAUUUGAAACUGAAAGUCCAUUGACCUCACUGUGCUAUGACUGAUUCAUGUGAUGGAUGACUGUGAAUGAUGGAAGGGAUUUAACUGUCUUAAUAAUAAUAGGUUAAUGCUUUUAAGUGUUUCCUUACUGUUUCAGUGGCUGUAUUGUAAAUUAAAGUUAUUAAAACGUAACAUAUGAACAUUAA